CUCAACCGUCAGAACAGUCAUGUGACCAUUAUUGGUUCGAUUUAAUUAGUGUUCCGAAAAUACGGAGUACUCCGAACAGCAAAUGGAGCAGCCUCCUUGUAUAGCAAUGCUGUAACAACAUUGUUGACAACUUGUUCUGAGGGUGCAACACAAUUGGAACCUUGUUCAAUCCUGUCGAUAUCAACCAUGAACAGAUUGUCGUCUUUACGCGUGUAGGUAACAUAAGUAAUCAUAACUUGAUGUAAUCUGUCACUGAUCAUGAAAAGUCCCGAUGGUGAGUGAACUGAAAAAUAUAUGUAGGUAUGCAAUGUAAGUAUUUAAAUCCCUUAAGAAGGAUUAGUUUGGUAAACAUUGAAUCAUAAACUAACCUACAUUAGACAAACUCUUCGACGUUUUUGAGGCAAAACUUCGCGUACAAUGGUACUAAUAGAACGCGCAGUAGAACCACCUGAACGGACGCAAUGGCUCGUUAAUCUUGGAAGGGUGACGUUAUUGCUACUUUACGUGUUGCAAGUUUGUCUUUUUGUUUCGUUUCUGGUGAUUCAUUUGGACCACUAUGCAUAUAUAUUGUGGUUUGUGUUGUUUAUACCAGCAUUCGUUUCGUUCUGGUACUUUUUCAAAAGCGCGAAAUCGUACGCAGACGACGACACGACUAUUCGAAGCGUUUGGAUUACCUGGGGACUAUACAUCGUCGCUUAUGUCGCCACCGUUGCCAUGAUUUUUGCUACAUUCGCACACGACCUUACUAAAGGUGACAUUCUUGGUAUCAACGCGCUGGUAGGUACUCUAUGUAUGACUCCAGUACUCCUAAUCCUCUUGCUACAACUCACGAUUUCCCCAUCCUACCAGAAGCCCGUCUUGCUGUUCUCCAUAUUCGCCGCGUUGAACCUCUUCGACGGCAUCAAAAUGUUGGAAAUAUUUCUGGCGCAAAACGAAGCGGAUUACGAUCUGAACAUGGCAACCGAAAUAUCCAUUCUCGUCUUUGCCUGCAUUUGUUUCAUUCUCUCGCCUUUUGAACUGGUUCGAAAUAAGUUAAUGGAUGAUGGUUUCGUGAAAACUAGAGAGGAAACGUCCGUGUGUCUCGUUCAACUGGAAAUUUUCUUGAUUAACCUCCCGUUCUUGGUUUUACGUGCUGUCAUUUGGCGCAAAUACGAAACUGCUAUCUUUAUGGUAAAGAAUAUUGUUGCUUUAGUCAUUGGCGCAAUUGAGUUUUUGGUCCUUAAAGAGAUUUUGAAAUGCGGCGGAAAUCCACCACGUGAACGCGAGCGUGACACUUGA